UAUUAAGUGAAUAUGUGUGGGUGAAUUUUCAAUAUGCUGUUAAUAUAUAAAUAACAUUCCCUAUUUUGUUUUAAAAAACACUUUGUCAAAACACAAAACAGAAUAUAACUGAUAUGUUACAUAGAUAAACAUGUUGUUAUUUUAAUUCCAUGACUUUUAGAAAAUCUUUUACGAGCUGUUGUUCUUAUAAUAAACUACCAUGAUUCCACAGUUUGGAUUUCCUACCUUCAAAGAAGCUAAUUUGUCUUGUUCUGAGAUAUUUUUCUCUAAUAUUUAAGUUAAUUCCUUAUAUUUGUUUUCUUUUCUCAAGCCCAUUCAUUUUCUUCGUGUAUUUUAAAUUAGCUCAUAGUGUUGUACAUGUGAAAAUGCAUUGACAAAAACAGGAUAGUUAGCUACUGCUACUGCUAUAACAACUCACGUUUUCCAUCUCUUUCUCUCAGCCUAUCCCCAUCGGUCUCCUCCCUUUCAGAUUUCUUCUCUCUUGCAGUCUGUGUAGGCUGCUGGUUGUAAUGCAUGCUGAUACCUUAGUAUGCAGGAGAGAGAGAAGCCUCUACAAUUCUCUAUGCUAGCAGCUAACAACAGUGAAGAAAGAGAGAUUGCCAAACAUUCUCUUAUGUCCUCCUAUAGCAAUGUGCUACACACAAAUGUAAACAAGAUUUUUGUCUAAGUGAGGUUAAUUUUAAUGGAGAUUUGCGGACGGAAAGUCUGGUUUCCAUCUCUUUUAAUUGUACCUGAGUUCAAUUUGUCGUUAAGCAUCAUCAGCAUCAGCUAUAGCAAACUCACCGCUCACAUCUGUGGAGGUUGGCAGAAUAAAAGUGAAGAGAGUGUAUAUAACUACUGCUAGUCUUCUAUAUCAUACUGAAUCCACGGCCAGCAGUUUAAGAUUGUAAACAGCUAACAUGGCCAAGCAAUGGAUCUUUUUAGAAUCAAUGAAAACAUUUUGAUAAAAGAAAGAAAGAAGGUACCAAUCACCUAACUUAAUGUGAUUUACUAUUUGGCAUGCUUUGUCAUGCAACAUGGAGCAACUAUUACUAGUAGCUAUGUGUUAUUGUUAUUAUUUCCUCCCUUUUUUCUUCCUUUCCUCCCAUGUUUCAUCGGAUUUCAAUUUAUGAACAUAAACAAAUGUUAUCAUGAACCGGCUAAAAAAAAAUUGCAAUUUUUCACUCUCGUUUGAAGUUCCCAAACUAUGUAUAUCUCGACAAGAAGCUGCUGCAAAAGAUGAUGCAAGCAAAAGUCUGCUUCAGUUACCUUCAGAAGCACGUGUACGUUCAUCUAGCUUUGACACAAGCAGCCUUCCUAAUAAAGACAACCAGGAAUUUUUAAAAGUCCCCAAUACCGGGCGUCGAUCUAAUUCCUUUGAUGUUACCGCUAAUAUCGCUAUAUCAUCUGAUGAAGGUAUUUCAGACCAGGAAACUAAUUCGGGCAAAAAACUUCUUAAGUGGAGACGUGCUUCUUAUGAAAUUCCUAAACUGUGCAUACACUGUAUACACCUUGAAACUCUAGCAAAUCAAGAAUUAGAUACUGUCCUUAGUGAUAAAACCAGUCAACAACUAGAUUUGCUGACAUCUGACUAUCCGGGAGUGUUUACUUCUUCAUGUGAAUCUCUGUAUUCUUCAUCAUCUGAUCUUCCAGCUGACAGUGACUAUAGUGACAAAGAUGACAAUUCAGAAUGCAGUAUAUCUGCCCUUUCUUUACUGGAAACACAUUCUCCAGAUAUUAUUCAGGAUAGUCCUUCUCUGUCAAGCCCCCCUCUUUUGAUAAAGUCACCAAAUGAGCUGACGCCUUCAAAUGAUAACCAACUUAAAGAAAUAUCUUAUAUCAAUGUCUUGACCCUUGAAGUGCCGACAGUUAAGUCGCAACGUUCAUCCUCUGUUGACACUGGAUGUUUACAAGUGUCACCUUCUGAUUCUUGGAAAUCUUCCUUGAGUGGAAACGAAUUUCUUGAAGUGCCAGUCCAACCUCGGUCUAGUUCAAUUGACGUACGGCUACCAACUGAAGAAGACAAACAUUAUGUUGCAAUUAAUAAUGCCAACAGGAAAGCAAUUUCAAAGAGCAACUUCAGUCAUACCAAUUAUUUACAUCCUAACCAUGCUGAUCAUGGUUACCGAAAACGGGAUCUGCGCUCAACUAUCGAUUGGUCGGAUAUCGCAGUAUCAACAGAACAUCUUUGGGUGGAAACAAGUGCUUCAGGAGACAGCUGUUACGUAAUGGAUCCAGACUGUACAGUUCGUGGCUUCGUUGAGAAGAAAUCUGGUCCAAGGAAAAAGUGUGUUGCUUGUAAAAUUGUUGCACAUAAAGAGUGUAUGGGGAUAUUAGAAAAGAAAAAUAUGCGAUGCAAGCCGACUUUUAGGGAAGCUGGCGUUCGAAACUAUCGAGAGCCAACGAAUAUGAGACAUCACUGGGUACAUCUUCGACGCCAGGAAGGAAAAUGUAAACAGUGUGGAAAGUCCUUCCAGCAAAGAUUCACCUUCCAAAGUAAGGAAAUCAUUGCUAUCAGUUGUUCCUGGUGCAAAAUGGCUUACCACAAUAAAAUCACUUGCUUUAUGAUGCGACACUUUGAAGAACAAUGUACCCUUGGCGUCCACAGUAACAUCAUCAUUCCACCAUCUUGGAUCAUCAAAUUACCUCGAAAGGGUUCAUUCAAAUCUUCUCUGAGAAAAAGAAAAAAGGCAUCAUUAAAAAAGAAGAAAAAUAAAGAUGAACAGAAAACUUUUAUUGUGAAGUCCAUUCCGUCACCGACAACUAAACCCCUUUUGGUCUUUAUCAAUCCAAAGAGUGGAGGAAACCAAGGGGCCAAAAUAAUGCACAAGUUCUGUUGGUUACUCAACCCUCGGCAAGUCUUUGAUUUAAGUCAAGGUGGCCCCACAUUUGGCCUUGAAUUAUACAAAAAAGUGCCUAAUCUUCGGGUGCUUGCGUGUGGUGGUGAUGGUACAGUUGGUUGGAUUUUAUCGAUUCUUGAUGAAUUAGCUAUCCAGCCUUCACCUCCUGUUGCCAUUCUACCACUGGGUACUGGGAAUGACCUUGCAAGAACUCUGAAUUGGGGAGGUGGCUAUACAGAUGAACCCAUCUCAAAAAUCUUGUGUCAUGUUGAAGAUGGCCAAGUUGUUCAGCUAGACCGCUGGAAUCUAGAAGUGAUUCUAAAAGAAGAUGCAGAACCAGAUCCACUUGAUGAGGGUGCAGCUGAUAGACUGCCACUGGAUGUUUUCAACAAUUACUUCAGCCUUGGAGCUGAUGCCCAUGUUGCCUUAGAAUUCCAUGAGUCACGAGAAGCUAACCCAGAGAAAUUUAAUAGUAGAUUCAGAAAUAAAAUGUUUUAUGCUGGGGUAAGUUUUUUCUUGCCAAAAGAUUCAACAAAACGUGUGUUGGAGGCUGAUUGUGAUGGUAGUGAUUUGACGCAGAAAAUGAAAGACCUGAAACUUCAUUGUCUUUUAUUUCUAAACAUACCGAAAUAUGCUGGUGGGACGACACCAUGGGGCCACCCAAAUGUACUAGGAUUUGAAACACCGAGACAUGAUGAUGGCUAUUUAGAAGUUAUUGGUUUUACCUACACAUCACUGGCAACAGUACAGGUCGGUGGUCAUGGAGAACGACUGACACAGUGUCAAGAGGUGAAGCUGACUACUUACAAAACAAUACCUAUGCAAGUUGAUGGUGAACCGUGCAAAUUAAAACCUUCCACGAUCAUAAUUAAUCUUAAAAAUCAAGCUAACAUGAUCCAGAAAUGUAAGAGACGUGGAUCAAUGCCAAUACUUGAUCCACCUCCAGCAAAGAGGCUAGGUAUACAGGUCAGUCGAAUCUGUAUGUCAGACUAUGAAGCAUUACAUUAUGAUAAAGAUAAAUUGCAAAGUGCAUCUACAAAAUUUGGUAAUAUAGUGGUGGACAAUAAUGCUGACUUAGAGCAAGUACGAGUGCACAUCAAUCAGUUAUACAUGGAAACAUUUGGUCCAGUAGUUGAUGAAAUGUCGUUGAAUUGGUGUUUUUUAGACUCAACAACAGCUGAACGAUUCUUUCGAAUUGACAAGGCUCAAGAGCAUUUACACUAUAUCACUGAUAUAUCUUCUGAGGAUCUGUUCAUCCUAGACCAUAACUUCAUACCGCUGGACAACGUCUCCACACUCUCUAAAAUGAGUGAUGAAAACCAUGCUGUGAUAAAGAAUGCUGAUAAAAAUUUACACAACGAUGAACAACAACCAGAGCUCACUAUUUCCAUUCCUGUUUCUGCACCAAAGUCUCUCAGUUGUCAGCCUGAAUUCCCUGGUGACAAAUUUCCAUUGUCUACUGUCGAACCACACUGCCUUAACUCUUUAGACCGAAUGGUCAUUGAUGCCUCUAAACAUGGAGAUUUACAAAAGUUGCAUGUCCUUCACCAAGAUGGUGCCAACUUUUUAACUCAGGAUGAAUAUGGAAUGACUGCUCUCCACCAUGCUGCUAGUAAUGGCCAAAAAGAUAUUGUGAAGUACCUCAUAGAAAAUGCCCCACCUGUGAUACUAGAUGUAGUAGAUAAUGAAAGAGGUCAAACUGCUUUGCAUAGAGCUGCCCGCUGCCAGAACCGGGCAAUCUGCCAACUGUUAGUUGAAGCAGGAGCCUCACUAACUAAGACAGAUUUUCAGGGACAAAGCCCAAGGCAGCAAGCUCUGCUGGCUGAUGACAUAGAGCUGGCAAAUUAUUUAAAAAGUAAAGAGCAUUUCCAGCUCGUGGUUUCUGAAGACCAAGAAACUGCUGUUUAGAAAUGUAAACAUUUGUGGCUGGUAUGGUUUUGUUCUUACACAGAGAGAAGCUGUAAAAAACCAUUAUCAAAUUAACAAAUACAACAUAUUCAUUCUUUCUCUCUCUCUCUCUCUCUCUCUCUCUCUCUCUCUCUCUCUCUCACGUUCCGUCUCUCUCUCUCUUUCUCUCUGUGACUCUGAUGGUUAGAAUCAGCUGACAUUAGGUAAGCUGCUGGUCACUUGCUGUUGAUAUAAUUACAAUAAUCUACUGGCUACACGAUAACAAUGGUGUGACAUACCAUUCUUAUAGAUAUAUAUAUACAAUACAUGCAACUCAUUGCAAUUGCUGAUUGGUGAAUAAGGAAAGUGCUACUCUAAACCUACUAGCUUUUUCAUAGAAAAAUAAUCCAAAACCAGUUUCUGGAAUUAUUCCCUAUUUAAUGCUGAGCUAAACAAACAACUAUCAUCAUUCUGUUUCUUCCCCCAACCUUUAGUAAUAUGCCAUGAGUCUGUGAUGGCAAAAGCCUUCAAAUUUAAACUCUCAUUAUACACACUUUGACAUAACCAUUUAGGAUGUUUUUUCUUGU